UAAAAUAAAAUUUGCCUUAGUUGGAUUCUAAAGAGAAAAAAACGAAAACAGAGGAACAAGAACAACAAUGGCAGGGAGAAUAAGCUUCUGUCUAAAUCUUCCUCUCUUAGAUUCAAACUCUACACAAUCAUUAAAGAAACCAUCACACAUCUCUUGUAGGAGAACAAGAGAGGAUGUGACGGAGCCACGGAAGAACAAGUCUUCUCUUGUCUUAGGCGUAGCGGCGACCGUCUUGAUCGGGGCAAUUCAGAUAAGUGACGUGGCAUCGGUUGCAGCUGCGGUUGUGGAUUCGCCGGCGAAAGAGAUGGCGGCACCGCCACCGCGGAGGUGGAGCGACAAAAGGACUUGUCCGCCUUGGCUUGAGAACUCGCUAGAGACCAUCGUACCGGAGAAUCUUCCUCGCCCGUCAGCUCAUCGACGUUUGGAGUUAGCCGGAAUAGCUAAGGGUGACGCGCCACCGGUUGGCGCGGUGGUGACACGUGUCCGCAGAGCUGGUUGCUUCUCCGUUUAAAUUGGAAGUUUAUUACGUGACGUGUUAGGGGAAAUUGUUAGGCACGUGUACUAUAAAAGUCAAUUAGAAACAACUACAAUACACAGAAAAAAAAAACACUGUAAAUAAAUUAAAAUUUUAUAUAUUUGUUCGCAUAUAAUUUUUUUU